AUGGGCAUUCCUAGGGCCAUAGUGGCCCGAAACAGUUUAGAACGUCUCAGGUUAGCACAAGAUGCCAAUGGCAGCAACCUGUCACCUCCUCCCUCUCGGCUGUCGAUCCUCUCUCCGAACAGUUUUUGGACGGCUACAAAAUCCUCGGACUCUGUUUCUCUUACUCUCCUUACCGACGGACUGGUACAACCGGGCUUGCUAUUAAGCGGAAACAAAUUGCGGAAGAGAAGGUCCACGGUCACCAAGAAUAAAUCCGCAGCCGCUUGGUUUGUGUCUCUCCCGCCUGCGGUGCAAAGAAAACUGUUCUCUCGCGAAGAGUGUUUGUUCUAUAACCGGGGAACGGCCACCAUCAUCCUGGACGCUGCUGACGAAACCCUUCGCCGGCGCAGCUGGCACCCGAGUCGACUCACGGUGCUUGAACGUCGCAUAUCUGACGACGAGACUGUUGUGGAUUGGGAAGACCCUCAAUGCGAAGAAAAAGUUGAUUCGGCCAUCGAUAUGAGUGAAUUCUCGACGGAAGGCUUCCGGUGGUUGGAGGAUGAACCAGAUAUCGACCUGAAGAUAGACGACUACCAUGCAGCCAUAGCAGAGACGAACCGACGAACAGCUUCAAUAUCGGAGCCUGUGAAACGCUCUAGCCUCCGAAACCGAAACUCAUCUCUGUCCAGCCUAUCGAUACGUCGGGGGCGACCAUCAACAUCAUCGGCGCGCCCUAUUUUCGACUCAACUCCAGAUACACCAUCUCUGCCGGCAAAGCCCAAAAGCAUCCGGUCACCAUCAUUUUCUCUCAAGCAUCUUCGGUCACAAGGAUCUCGGUCAUCUCUUGAUCCUCGAGCGACUCACUACCAAGACCCUGCCGCCCGGAUGAAGCUGAGAGUGUACCUCGCCUCGCCGCAGAAGUUCGACGAGGCAAUCGAAUUUGGCUUUCCUUCUGUCGAAGAGCGAAACCAUUGGGACCGUAGGAGACCAGUGACCAGCCCUCAUCCCAGACACGAACCCAACCGCACAUUCUUUCACGACGAUACACCGUCAUUAUCCGGUGAUGACAGUGACAAUGAAGAUGAUCAGCCCGAUACCCUUUUCGACCCCAGGACUCCAGAGGAGGCCGUCUUCCAGAUGCAUCGGCCCUCCCCGAAGCUCAGCAUUGACGUUGAUGGAGGUCUGAGUUUGAGAAGACCAUCCUUCAUGCGGCGUCGAGCGGAGACUUACGCCCGUGGUGCCACGGCGGACAGGGAGAUGACAUUGCGCAUGACAUUGACACGACCGGACCUACGUUCCCCGGACGAGUUUCAACCAGAGGACAGGAGCAAUAUUAAUGCCAUACCAUUGGAGCGACCAGAAUUAGUGGCUCAGCCUAGCCCAAUGUCCAUCUGGGACUCAUUGCCUCCGGCUGAAUCGAGGAUGAAGAGGUUUCUUCGAAGACUGAAGAUGAGAUAA